GUUUUUUUAUUUUAUGCUUCAUGAUAAUAAUAUAUCACAUCUCAUGAUUCUCAUCUCACUCUUCUAGUAAGGAAGCCAGCCAGUCUUUAUUCAACAAUUUGCAGCCCCCUUUUUCUGAAUUCUUAUUACAUAUCUACUACUACUUCUAAUCUUUUCUAUUUUGUUUUCUUUAUAAAUUUCCAAUCUUGAUGUAUGACCCCAUGAUAGCUUAGCAGUUCGUUUACUUGGUCUUCUUUUUAGCUCCAAAAACACAGUCAGUCAAGGGUUUUAGGUGAGAAAAUUUAUAAUACUUUCAAUCUCUCUCUCUCUCUCUCUCACACACACGAUAAUAAUAACAAUAACUACUACAAUUAUGAUGUGAUGUGUUUAGAGUAUUAUUAUUAUUAUUAUUUGGCUUUUAUUUCCUAGAACCAUCCUCACAUGGCUAUAAUUCAUUUCUCAUUAUUUUUUUACCUCUAAAGAUAAUAAUAAUUGAUUAAAAGAUAUGUUUGGAGGAGAACAAGACAAUUCACAACCACCUAAACCACAGCCAGACCCACAGCUGCCACCGGCAGCUGGAGGUGAAAACCGGAAAAUAUACUCGAGGUCGGUUUCAUGGGCUGCUGGCAAGGCAAGGGCUAGUUUGCCUCCUUUGCAGCCCCUUACGGUUUCCAGACCGAAAGCCGAGGAGUGGCCACGGGCCGGUUCCGAUGAUCUUGGGGUUUGGCCGAAUGUUGCUGCUACCACACCUGGUGUUAAGCCUAGACCACCUGCUCUUCCAUUGAACUUAGAUAACAAGUUAGGGAAACCACCUAGGGAAUUUGAGUUCAAGAAAGACAAACUUGCCUUUUUCGACAAAGAAUGUUCUAGGAUCAUAGAUCAUGUGUUUCUAGGAAGUGACGCGGUUGCCAAGAAUCGAGAUGUUCUUCGUCAAAAUGGGAUUACCCAUGUGUUGAACUGUGUUGGAUUUGUGUGUCCUGAGUAUUUCAAGAAUGAUUUGGUGUAUAAAACACUUUGGCUUCAAGACAGCCCUUCCGAGGAUAUUACGUCUAUCAUGUAUGAUGUUUUUGACUACUUUGAGGAUAUCCGUGAGCAAAACGGGAGGGUUUUCGUGCACUGUUGUCAAGGAGUAUCACGGUCAACGUCUUUGGUCAUAGCGUAUCUUAUGUGGAGAGAAGGUAAGAGCUUCGAUAUAGCUUUUCAAGAAGUGAAAGCAGCACGAGGGGUGACUAACCCGAACAUGGGUUUCGCUAGCCAGCUUUUGCAGUGUCAAAAACGGGUCCAUGCCGUGCCUGUGAGCCCAAGCUCGGUUUUGAGAAUGUACAGAAUUGCCCCACACUCGUCUUAUGCACCACUUCACCUUGUACCGAAACUGUUGGCUAAACCUAAUGUGACAGCCCUUGAUUCUCGUGGGGCGUUUAUUGUUAAUGUUCCUUCUGCUAUGUAUGUGUGGAUAGGGAAGAACUGUGAUCUGUUAAUGCACGAAAGGGCAAAACUAGCAGCAUCGCAGGUUAUUCGGUAUGAGAAGGCAAACGGUCCAGCAUUGACCAUUAAAGAAGGUGAAGAACCAAUUGAGUUUUGGAAUGCACUCGGGAAUGAUCAAGAUCAAGAACAAUUAAUGGGAUAUAAAAGUCUUGUUGGUCAAAGGAAAGUCGUUGACUAUGACAUAGAUUUCGGGGUUUUUGCUAAGGCGGCAAAUAGCGGGGUGGUUCCGCCUUUUGCAAUAUCGGGAAAUGAUUCUGAGAUGUGUUUGCCAGCGAGACGAAGCGGGUGGGAAAGAUUGAGAAGGAAGUUUGCUAAUGGGGUCAUGAAGGAGUUGAUUACGUCGUCGAAAGAAGUUAUAUCCCCUUGUGAGUCUCCAGAUUCUUGUUCUUCUUUUCCGGCCAUAUCGACUGGUCAUGAUUGGAUAAAGAAGGGAAAUGAAGAUGAUGAAUCUGAAUGCAUGUCACCUGAAUCAUUUUCUUCAUUUCUUGUUAAAGACCCUAGAAAAUUUGAUAAUACAUCUCCGUCAAUCUCACCUUCAACAUCUGACUACUCGAAUUCAUUCUCGUUUUCACCCACAUCAUCUAACUGGUCUGAUUUAUCCAUAUUGGAAGCCUCUGAUCCUACUCUUAAUCUAAACACUAACCCCAAAUCCAGGGAGAUUUCACUUUCUGCUGGUGGAGCCGGUGAGAUCCCGAAGGGUGUGGUCAGAACCUGGUCGUUUUCCCUGGAGGAUAAGAGCAUGGAAGAUGCUGAAGAAGAGAGUUUACCAGAUGACGAUGGUCAGGAGUCUAUGUUUGAAGCUGAACAUCGGGUGCAAAAUCAUGACCAAAUUAAACCCCAAGAAGGGAGUUUUCUUUAUCAGUGGCCUAAUAUGGAGAAGGUCCAGACAGGUGGUUCGGGUAUUCCUGACUCUAGAGGCGUGUACAUAAUUUCUGUCGUGGGUGUUUUGUACGUUUGGGUGGGGCAUGACGUCUCAGGUGCCAAUGGGGACGACAACAUCAAAUGGCAAAUGAUUGGCCAUGAGUUCCUUGCUAAAAAAGGUCUGGAAACCAGCUCAAUUGUUCAGAUAGUCAGAGAAGGCGAGGAACCGGAACAACUAUGGAAGCAUCUUCACUGUUUCUCAUUCCAAAACACAACAGGAAAAGCUCAGAAUGGAUGAAUCAAGGCAAAAGGGAUAUCCUAUGAAAAUGGUUUCAUUUUUUCAUUAUGUGAAAUCCUGUACAGUUUCGAGUUAUUCAAAACCAAUAGACACACUCAAGUUUCAACUUCUAAAAUCAUAAGUUUAACCUCAAAAUGUAUUUAUUUUAGUAUCUUCUAUGUUCUGCCAUCAA